GGCUAAUGGCUUAAAAACAAGGCUGGCUCGGUGUUGCGUGACAGUCGACACCAACCUUCGCGGCGAGACGCGGCAUGCACCUGCGAGCAUGACGAUCUGACGCGCGCGUAAUCACACGUACCUGAAAAUUCAAAUUUUAAAACGUUCUAAAUGUUAACACCAAUAAAAAAUAUAGGCCAGAAAUAAAGUGCCAGUGUCGCAACAUUAAAAUUUUGAUUUUUAAUAUAUUUUUUAUUUUUUAUUUGCGAUUUGUUAAUUCAUUAGUGAAAAUGGGGUUGAAACCUGAAGAAGAUAAAAGGCCCAGCAAGUUGGCUAUUAUGGAGGAUGAUGAGCCGAGCCCACAAAGUGGUCUCGGCACGCGACACUUCGUCACCUUCAUGCUGUUCCUCGGCAUGGCCAAUGCCUACAUCAUGAGGACCAACAUGUCUGUAGCCAUCGUCGCUAUGGUCAACCACACGGCUUUGCCCGUCGUCGCGGAGGCUGUCGACACGGAGUGUGGAAACGUCGAUCCAAAUAACACUAGCUCAGCGGCAUCGCAGGACGGCCAGUUCCUCUGGACUUCGACACUACAGGGUUAUAUUCUCUCUUCCUUCUUCUACGGUUACGUCCUUACUCAAAUCCCCUUCGGCGUUCUCUCUAAAAGGUACGGCGCUCGGCUGUUCCUGGGCGUGGGCAUGCUGAUCAACUCAGUGUUCGGUCUCCUGGUGCCGGUGGCGGCCGAGGCCGGCGUCGAGUGGCUUAUCCUGGUCCGGUUCAUCCAGGGAUUGGGCGAGGGACCAAUAGUUCCGUGUUCUCACGCUAUGUUGGCUAAGUGGAUCCCACCCAACGAGAGAAGUCGGAUGGGUGCAGCUGUAUAUGCUGGAGCCCAAUUCGGCACAGUGAUCUCCAUGCCCCUGUCAGGCUUGCUGUCAGCCUACGGUUUCUCGGGCGGCUGGCCUUCCAUAUUCUACGUGUUCGGCCUCAUCGGCACGGUCUGGUGUGUGGCCUUCCUCCUCUUCGUCUCCGAGGACCCGGAGCAGUGCAAGAAUAUCAAGGAGAAUGAGAAGAAGUACAUUCUUAGUUCGCUGUGGGGCGCUGCUGGAUCCAGUUCACCACCAAUCCCAUGGAGCAAGAUUCUGAUGUCGAUGCCGUUCUGGGCGAUCAUGUUGGCGCACAUGGGACAGAACUACGGCUACGAGACCCUCAUGACGGAACUGCCCACCUUCAUGAGACAAGUGCUGCACUUCUCCAUCAAGGAUAACGGCUUCGUAUCAGCUCUCCCGUACCUGUGCAUGUGGCUGUUCUCCAUGUUCAUCUCAGUGGUGGCGGACUGGAUGCUGGCCAGCGGCCGCCUCAACCACACGCAGGUCCGGAAGCUCAUCAACAGUAUCGGUGAAUACGGUCCGGCCAUCGGUUUGUUCGUGGCGGCCAACACGGGCUGCAACCCGGCGGCCACGGUCGCCGUCCUGGCCAUCGGCGUCGGGCUCAACGGCGGUAUUUACUCGGGUUUCAAGGUGAACCACCUGGACCUGUCGCCGCGGUUCGCGGGCAUCCUGAUGUCGUUCACCAACUGCCUCGCCAACCUCACGGGGCUGCUGGCGCCCAUCGUCGCCGGAUACAUCAUCGAGGGCCGGCCCACACAAGCACAAUGGAGAAUAGUGUUCUACAUCGCGGGUGGGGUCUACAUUUUCUGUGCAACAUUCUACAACAUAUUCGGCUCCGGUCAGAGACAAGAUUGGGACAACCCGGCCGAAGACGAAGCUAUAGCGAAAAAGGCAGCCGACAAGAAGGCCGCCAAAAUCGAGAAAAAGGCGGCAAAGAAUCAAACUCAAGCGGAAACAGCGCAAUAACGGGCAUUAAAAAGUUUACAACGCUAUACAAACAAUACUGGCAGUUAACUAAAUACAAAUAUUUAACUUUUAUAAAUACAAAUAUUUAACUUUUUAAUUUUCAUAAAUACAAAUAUUUCACUUUUUAAAAUAAGAACCUAUUCGAACAUUUUUAAAUAGAUUGUUUAGAUUUAUGUCGUCAAACAUAAUAAUAACUAUUGUUAAAUAUUCAUUUUAGGUUGUGUUUGUUAAGCGUUACAAAUCCGAUUGGAGUUUUAGCUAUUUAUGUAGAUGAAGGCUUAUAGCUUAUGUUUUUGUUUAAGAUAUUUUUUUUUAUAAAUUCCUCACAUUAUCUUUAUGUUAUGUUCUAUCUAAGAUUAGUUUUGUAUAAUUUUUUACAGAUUCAAAAAGAAUAUUUUAUUUGAGUGAUACAGUUUUGUAUCGAUUGUUAUCUUUACAGUAGUACUUUAGAUUUUAAUUUGAUAUAUCGAACUUCUAUCUUUUUAAUUUGAAUAGCGCGCACAUCAAUAGGGCUGUGAUAAUCUUCGUAAAGUUGUAGCAGCACUCCAAUCGGAUAGACUUUUCAGUGACUCGUUGAUUAUUAAUUAUAUAAUUUCUAUUACCAAUAAAGUAUUUUAAAUAUGUGAUGAAUGGAAGGAAAACUCGGGUCCAAGGGUAUUAAAAUGUUACCGUCCUUUGCCAGUGACUAUAAAACAUUUUUGUGGCAUAAAAAAGAAAUCGUGUCAUUUAUUUUUGUCGUUAAAAAAUAGUGCCAUCGUUUCAGAAUUUGCAUUUGAAAACUUUCAUUAACUCGAAUAACCGACAAAAUUAGAAAUGUUUAAUAUUAAUUGUUAAUACCAAAACUAAUUAUAUUCAUAGACUUAAUGGAAACUGCUCAAAAAAAAAAGUGAAUUAGGCCCGACAGAUUAAAAAAAAAAUCAUUUUGUCUAUGAGUGAGUUAGUGCCAAACGGUAAUUUUGUGUUGUUAUUAAUUUCGCUGCAAGCGAGUUGUUGCAUUAGAUAAGAAUUUUAAAUGUUUUAUUUGAUUAAGACUACUAUUUAUGGAUUUAGUUAUAGUUUAUGUGACGUCAUCAGUCGCUGCAAGCCCAGGAGCUAAUGUGAUCAUUCUGUUUUUUAAGUUAGAUUUUAAAAUAAUAUAAUUUAAGAUCAUAGCCGUAGACAACCUGCUGACAAACGAAGAAAAUUAAUACUGGCCACACUUAACUCGAGCGAUAAAUCAAUAAACAAAUCGAGCUACGAAACGCAGCAUUAUUUUGAAGUUCUAUCAUAUCUUUUCGAGUUUUCUAGUAGCGACACGAUUGUUCGAACACGCAUUUAUAACGUGUUUAAUCUUAAUCAGUCGAAUUGAAUUAAGCGUGGCCAGUGUUAUUUUUAAUAUGGAAUUGGAAACUAGUAUUUGAGCUUCCCAUUUACUAAAAAAAAAUCAUUUGAAUUAAAAAAAGAACUAAAUAUAAUCAAAUAAUGAAAUCACUUGUUUAUGUUACAACCUGUGCCUAGUAGGUAGGAGUACAAAAGUCCACGAAUUAAUUAGAAGCGUUGAACGCAACUAUACCGAUACAAUUUUUAGUAAUUUUGGAUACAUCAAUUUUUGUAUUUGCCCUCUUGUAAGAUAAUAAGUUGGAAUACAAAAAUGUUAUAGAAUCA